AUGUCAGGGAAGCGCGAUUCGUUUCUGUCCCUCCCGACCAAGAAAUGGAAGAAGAUACUUGGUUUCGGGCUCGAUGAUGAUGAAAUACAAUCCAAAGUGCUUGAGGCUACUUCAGGCAACAAGGCCAGCAAUGACCUCUCUAGUUUUAGUCAGGUCGUUCAGUUGACUGGUUCUGGAUCGGACAAGACGCUUAAGACAUUAAAGGCAGUCCAUAGGGUCAUCAUAAGUGAUGAAUGGUAUGUAGCAUUCAAAGGUUUACAACUUCUUAAUUACCUACUUCACUAUGGCGGCGACUACGUCUUACACUGGGUUCUUGAGAAUCUAAGAAGCCUAGAGGAAUAUGCACGGAAUCUGGAUGACUACCACCACAAACGAGUCCUCCAAGAACAGUUGAGGGUUAUCCGGCUACUCGUUGAGGACAAUCGGCAGCUUGACAAGGAACGAGAAGAUACCUCGCACAACGGAUGGCUAAACAAAGUCACCAGACCGCCUCCGGCACACCCAGAUCCGGGGUACAUACUCACCAACUCGAGUUCAGGUCUCCCAAACCUGACGCUAACUACAACAUCAUCGACUCGUGUGAGUCCUUCGGGAAGCCUUUCUGGUUCAACUAUAUCGCUCAACCCAGAGCCUCCGAACAAACCAAUAGCUGCCAUAUGGGAAAGACGCUGGAAAACACAGGGCGGGAUGGAUAAGGCCGUUGGGUUCCCUGCUGCGGACAGGGGCGGAAACUCAAGGACCCAAAGUAAAGACUUCCCAGCAACAUGUCUCACGGACGGAUCUAGAGAAGCACACCACAAGAUGGUGGCAAAAUUAACCCUACAGGCCAUUCAUAUGCUGCUAGCAUGUCAGUCAAUCAUAGAAUUUCUCCAGACGAACGGGGACAAAAUGUUGUUUUCAAGGGAGAGCGACGCAGAGCUAUGGAAGAUAUAUCUGAGCCGAGUUUCAAAGCGCGGCACCUACAGUGUGAACCAAUGCCGAGAAGAGCUUGCCCUAUACUUUCAAGACAUCGAGAGAGGUCUAUCAGAGAAGCUCCACCAACUGGGUAGCCCAAUGCUGGAGAAAGCCAUAAAGGAAAUGCAAGACCUAUCACUCUCUCUUGGAAGCUUCGUCGACUUCGGAGGUGUGUGCGUUUUCGCCGACGAUGAGUUGGGGCUCGCCUCUUAUCGCCUUUUCAGCGAACCAGGGAAGAAAAGAUUCGAUUUUGUGGACAAGUGGGAGGUGCAGAUCAACGAGAUUGCAGCAAGAAAUAGGGAAAGUAUUUUGGGCGAUUUGAAUGAAGCGGAGAAAGGGGACCUGCAAUUUCGACGAACCUAUCUCGAUCUCGCGUUGGCGAUGAGGAAGAUAGCAGCGCAAUUUGCCCACUUCGCGCGGAAAUCGGGCUCCGGGUCCUCAGCGAAACUCGAGGAGCUUUACGCCUCAAACCCAUUUGGUUUAAGAACGGCUACCCGAACACAGGCCCGUUGUGAAGAGACAAGAGAAGAACCAAACCUGACGUUUCUCACUGCUCCCCAGGACUCGGAAUAUAAGACCAGUUUUGUUGCUCUUGUGGAUGAGGGUUCACACGUUAUAUCCAGAGAAAAGACCACAAAGGCCAUACAGAGAUUGAACAUCCACCCGCGCUCGCUAGCACAUAUUUGGCAAGCUGUUGGGGAUGUGACUUCGUCAAAUGAGCUCUACUUUCCUGAGUUUGCCUUGGCUAUGUAUCUUGGCAAUGAACUGCGCGAGGGCAGAUCUAUACCGUUGAAGUUGCCGCCAACUAUCAAGAAGAAUGUUGAAGACCGAGUCAAUUUCAUCGUGGCGAACAUUGCCCAGAACACUUCGAAUACUUGGGUCACUAAACACCGACAGAACACGGAUGGUGAAAUACUCAAAAAUGGCCAGCAAGAGGAAGAGGAGCAACCAAGUGCACAGCUUCCGCAAGGUGCUGAACUUCAAAGAACAAUCAAUGAAGUCCGUGAAAACGUGAAACGCGCUGUAACUGAAAUGACUCAAGGAGAUCAUUGCUAUGUUUCUGGCGAUGAGGAAGAUCAGCCAAGUCCAACACAGCUUUGGGUUUGGAAAGAUGUUGAACUUGGGAGAAGAAUAAAUGAAGUCAGUGACCAAGUGAGACGCGCGAUGAUUGAAAUGACUGAAGGGGAUCACGCUUAUAUUUCCGACGAGGAUUCGAGUGAAUCACAUACACUGGGACUUUCUUGGACACCAAGCCGGGGAAGCAGUAUUAGAGAAACUCCCCGGAUGAACGACCAAGAGAAUGAAAUCUCUGAACAUAUGGGAUUGGAGACUACGAUAAAGGGCACACAAGGCGAAUCUUUUGAAGUAGAAGGGGGGACGAAGCAUACAGAGCCAAGCCCCGCGAAGAAUAUAUGGAGCGAUAUUCCCGUGCGGAAUGGGGAUCUUGAAAGCGAGGCAGUAUUGGACGAUCUGGAUGGAAUAUUCCUGAGGGCAUAUGAAGACAAGCUGCUACGGGACGCUGAACAAGAGCGGCAGGCAGAAGGCGCAGCCAAGGCCAAGCUUAAACUACUACGAGAUAUGGAAGAGGAUGAAAAGCGAGCCCAUAAAGCUGCAGUUGAGGCACGGCGACGGGCCGAAGCCGCAGCUGAGGAGAGACUACAGGUCGAAGCCGCAGCUGAAGAACGACGACGAGCGAAAGCCGCAGCUGAAGCUGAGUUUGAAGUACGACCUCAUUUCGAAGAGGAAGAACGACGAGGCCUUAAAGUUGCAGCUGCAGCUGAGGCCGAAGCUGAAGAACGACGACAGUCUGUGGAAGCGCAACAGAAACGAGAGACGGACACCCAACGGCAACAGGAAGCAAGGUUGAGGGACCAAGAGGGCUGUGGUGAGUCAACCGGUGAACUGUUUCUCGACAGCGUGGAGGAUCUUGUGAUGCCGAGGGAAGAAACCGAAAGAAACAUCAUAGCAAGCACUUCCGAAGGGGAUAAUUCGCAAAUUGUGGAUAUCUCACCACAAUCAGGGCGACCGGGGACUUUUGACAGCCAGGAGGAGGAUUCCCGUAGACAGACAUUGACCAAGCGAAGAGAAACCCCUAUCCCUUCGACGGGAGAGGGCACAGCAACAGGGACACAGAUGCCCCAACACCGGCAGAUGGAGUUAUUAAGGCAUCAGGACGAUAGAAAUCAGACGCCCUCUCCACAGCUAAGAAUACAACGACAACAGACGCCGAAUUCAGAUCUUAGCAGCAUCAGCAGUAGUAGGACUAUUCCUGAUCUUGUUCGCGACUCGAAGCUCGAGACAGCCUUCGCCCCAAAUGGCCAAGUCGUACGCCAUGUUUCGUAUGCAACAAACCCCCGUAUGCGCCGACGCCGGGUGCGAAAGGAAGAAAUAUGGGAGAGACAGAGUGAGUUGGGGAGCGGUGCCUUUGGGCGAGUGUGGCUAGAGAAGUGCGCUACCGGAGAUGACAUUGGGAAGCUUCGCGCUGUCAAAGAGAUUACCAAGCUCCAGCGCCAAAGCAGGAGCAGCGAGAUCGAUUAUAACCGGGAGUUGGAGGCCAUUGCCAAGUUCUCCCACAAGAAGUACGUCCAUUGCUUUGUGCAGUCAUUUGGGUGGUAUGAGAGCGAGGAAGCAAUCUUCAUCGCUAUGGAGUACCUGGAACAUGGUGAUCUUCAAAGUCACUUGGACAGACCAUUUCCUGAAGAUGAAGUGAGGGACAUCGUGUUCCAACUUCUCGAGGGUCUGAGUUUCAUGCACGAGAACGGCUUCGCUCACCGUGAUUUAAAGCCAGCCAAUAUUCUCGUCUCUGAGCACUCGCCAAAUUGGUGGGUCAAGAUAAGUGAUUUCGGGAUUUCCAAGAGAGCCGAGGAGGAGGCCACUGCGUUUCGCACACUCGUGGGAACUCGCGGAUACAUUGCUCCCGAGGUCAUCGGCAUAUAUUGCCCAGAGGAUAUUGCUACGAUUGCGGACUCGUCAAGUCUGUACACUGUGGCUGUUGAUCUGUGGGCGCUGGGGGCUAUAAUGUUUAAAUUGCUCACGCAUGAAAACAUUUUUGCCGAGCCUCUUGAGCUGGCGAGAUAUGUCACCGCCAGACGGCCCUUCCCCAAGGCUCUGGUCUCGGAGAAAGGGGCAAGUGAGGCGUGUAUGAGUUUCCUCGAAAAAGCGAUGGCCCACUCACCAACCUCCCGUCCGACCUCCUCCCAAGCUUUAGCACAUGAAUGGCUGGCAGAUUUAUCGAAUCCAGCAGACUCUUCAGAGGAAUUCCCCGAUACAAUGCAAGUACAGUUCCCCCAGGGUGCUAGAUACGGUCUAACGAACAUAACCAAUAGGUCUCCCUCCACAGGUGGGCUCUCCACAGGGCCAUUCGCGCCUGUUCCAGGCGAGUCCACUGCUAGUGCAGCGUGGCCGUCGACAUUCUCAUAA